CAGUGCGGGGGCGCGGACGAUAUGUCGGCAGAGGGAGGACCCGGAGACAUUGACGUUGUUCCAGGCUGUACGAGAAAAAAUACUUCUCAUUAGUGCAGCGGUGAGCUAUAGAGCAAAGAAUGGGAAGCAGUACACACGGUGUUUGGUGUGCUGAAAGCCCGGCUGUCUCAAGCGAACACCGAUUUUUGCUGUUCCGCGGGAUAUUCAGCAGGGACUAGCUUCAGGAAAGCGAGUAAGCUAGCAGCACAGGCUAGCUUCGCAGAGAGCUAGCUGCCUUGUUAUUGUGACACCGAAACGAACCUUCCAGCUAGCAUCCGUCAGAGGAACACACGGGAAAAAUGGUGUACUUGUUAAAUCCUAUAGACAACCUGAGAAGCUACAUCAACAACCGUCCACCUCUGGUCAUUUUUAUGAUCAGUGUAAGUGCAGUGGCCAUCGCCUUCCUGACCAUCGGUUAUUUCUUCAAGAUUAAAGAGAUCAAGUCUCCAGAGUUGACCGAGGACUGGAACACUUUUCUGUUGCGCUUCAAUGAGCUGGACUUUUGUGUGUCAGAGAAUGAAACGAUAAAGCACGGCCUGAACGAGUCGACCACGCCGGAGAGCAUGGUGGUGACUAGCGGCCAGGCUCGUUCCAGCACUCAGGUUCCCCUACUGCUGGAGGACUCGGGGCCCAUUAACAUCUCAGUCCCCAUCACCCUCACGCUGGACCCUCAGCGUCCAUUUGGAGGGUAUUCUCGCAAUAUCACCCACCUGUAUGCCACGGUGCUGGGGCAGCAAGUAGGCCUCUCAGGCCGAGAAGCUCAUGAAGAAAUAAACAUCACGUUUACUCUGCCCGUAUCCUGGAACUCGGACGACUGUGUUCUGCACGGUCACUGCGAGCAGGUGGUGUUCAGCACUUGCAUGACCAUCACAGCGGCCAGCAAUAUCUUCCCAGUCACAGUGCAGCCACCACACUGCGUGCCAGAGACGUACACCAAUGCCACAUCUUGGUACAAGGUGUUCACCACGGUCCGCGACUCAGAUACCAAGUACAGUCAGGACUACAACCCCUUCUGGUGUUACAAAGGAGCCAUUGGCAAAGUGUACCACGCACUCAACCCAAAACUUACCGUGAUUGUUCCAGAUGACGACCGUUCCCUCAUCAACCUUCACCUGAUGCACACUAGCUACUUCCUGUUUGUCAUGGUCAUCACUAUGUUCUGCUAUGCAGUCAUAAAGGGGCGGCCUGGCAAAGUGCGACAAACCAACCCUGACUUCUGUCCUGAGAAGGUACAACAGACACCAGCAGUGCUAUAUGACUUCAACAGGUGGCGUUGUCAGAGGGUUAAAAAGACAUCAGAGAAUGGCAGGACUUACCUGUAACAUGGACAAAAUUAAAGAAAGAGAAGAAAUUAAUUAAAAAAAACAAAAACACGACUUACCAGUUGCCUAGUGGACCCUGGAAAUACAAUAAGGGACACAAAAGCUCUGUGAAUGCAUUACUCUUGCAAUGUUGGGUUUCUCCAACCAAAGAUAUACAAGUGCCUGUAUCUGUGGUGUAAAUAUUUCUAGGAACUCUUUGGUUUUGUUUUUUUCCCUUUUUGUUAUUUCUUUUGAUUUUUGCCUGAGCCCCCCAGUGCCAUGUCCAAACAUGCAGUACAGAAACAAAGCAGAAGGCCACAUCCAAGAGCUACUUCUUUUUUCUGGUGGUGAUUAGGUCUCACCUUAUCAAGCAUGAUAGACAGAAGUGUUUUAUCAGAGUGGUAAAUGUUUAGAUAUCUUAAGGUCAAAGUGGUUUUGUCGCCCUGAUAACAAAGCGUGAUGUUUAAUCACUUGGAACAUGUUUAAGGAAACAGAAAAGCAGGUAAAUAAUGAUUAAAUCCUCAGUGUGCGCUCACCAUAGCAGCUUAAGCGAGGAAUGGAAUAAAGGAGUACUUUUCUCUGCACCAAAUUUGAUGGUUUAAUUAAAAUUCUAGUUAGAAUCAGGUUCUUUAAAGUCCAUUUAGUGACAUUUAAGUGAUUUAAGAAUUUCCCAUCUUCCUUUUACGAACUGCUUUUGAUUAGCAGUUAAAGAAUUACCAGAACUUCCUGUUGUUGAAAUUUGUCACAUAUUCUUUUCUUCUUCUUCUUCUUUUUUGGCCUUAUGCUUUCCUCUGUCAGUUGCUUCUUCACUCACCUGCCUCUUGAAUUUAAUUUGCUGCCAGUCGCUGUGCAGCAGUUUUGAUGUUUGAUCCAGUCCUCUCUGUCGCACCCAGGAGAUACAGAACAUUUGAUCUUGCCUUACCUACGGUGGACUUGCUUGCUUGAAAAUAGGCGUGGGUCAUCACUUUUGUCCCUUUCCCCACAUUAACUCUCCGCCCCUUUCUUCCACAGCCAAAUAUCACAUUUUAUUUGUUCUGGUAUGAUGAGCCUGUGGUUUGAAAUCAAGCUUGUGCUCUUUGUCCUGUUAUUGUAAAUGUCGGGUGACCCUUGAGUUACUUUAUAUUAGACACUUUAGUUACUUCACCUUUUUUGAAAUGAUAAAUUAUAUGAGUUGCACAUGUUAAAGUGUUUUCAUAGAUAGUGCACCUUUGGAUGUCUUGCACAUUUUGUUAUUAUCUCCUGUGAUUAUUUCUUUUUAUGUAAAUAAACUAAUUGGCCUCCAUGUAAAAAAAAUAAAUAUGAUUAUUAUGCUGCUGCUCAGACGUUUACAAUAACCAUCCUUGUUUGUUUUAAAGAAAAGUUUUCAUCUAAUAUAAUGUGAAAUGUUAAAAAAUACUGUAAAUCAUUUAGUGAAUCCUUUGGUUAUUAAUAACUUGUCAUUUUUAAAACAUCUAUGUAGGUGUUCAGAGGCCCAAUUUCAGCAACCAUUACUCCUGUGCUCUUGGGACUCCAUAUAUUAGCAAAUGCAAGUUUAUCAUGGUAAAAGUUUGAUGUCAUCAGUCUAGUUUGACGGUGGACUGUUUCCAUUUUCAGUUUGCAUCACACUGUUCGGUUUCACUGCCAUUUGGCAGUUAGUUGGAAAGUGUUUACAGACAUGUUGUUGUUCUCCAUGCAAACUACAGGCAAUUAUUUGACUCUGCUUGCAACCAGUAAUAGCAAGGUGGUUUUUGGUGUUGCACUGUAUACCUUGGUGCAGUUUCACCUAAUGACAGGCAGCCUCAGGCAAUCGUUUGCUAACCAAUAAAGGAAUACACGUUUUUCUCAGUGGUUAGCCAGUGGUUAACGAAGGUUGCUGACCCCUCUUUCAUACGACGGUGUGCACUACUCCCCCUAGAGGACAACUUAAAAUGCCUCCAAGCAGAAGAGAAAGAAGUAGGAGGAGUUGGUCCACCGCUGAGUGCAUCAGAGUUUGAGAAACGCUGAAGUGGCAGUUUCAUUAAAUGUGUUUUUGUAAGAGCGAGGUGCUUCUGGUCUCUGAAGGGAGUAGUAAACACCAACGUUCUUCCUGUUCUUAAAACAGGAAACACUGAGUUUCACAAUAAAAUUGUGUUUUUUAAGGAGGCAUCCAAAGCACUCUAGUAGCCAAGUGUGUUGUUUCUUUAAUGAUAAUACUGGUUUUUGGAUGUAAUGUAUAACAAACAAUUUGUGUUUUACCAGAAUAUACUUUCAUUUGAGGAUACAUUAUACCAUCAGAACAGAGGGACUAUUGCAACAUUUCUCACUAUUAAGAACUGUAGCGAAUACGAAUGUACUUUUCUUUCAAAAAACAAGGACAAACUUUUGAGCAGCAGUGGGAAUACCAUUAUCAUAUUUAUCCAUUUAUUAUAUAUUAAUUAUUAAACUAACAUUUGUAUUAUUUUGAAUGACAUGAAACUGUGCAAAGACUCAUUUUGUGUGUGAAUGCAUGAGAGUUUUGGAUGAAGAAGUGUAGCUGCAGACUGCAAUUCUCUGAAAUCUCUUUUCUGAGCGUCUGAUUUUUGAAAAGGAUUCCGUCGCAGAGACAAAACAAGCCACCUCCCCCCGACUUCCACCUGCAAAACUUUCAAUCUGUUGCUGUUUGUUUGCGUUUCUCUCUGAGAGCAGCACAGCAUAUUAGAUCUGCAAAAACAAAGAGACAGUGCUGUAUGUCUGCUGGUUUGUUGCAUUGGUCUGUGUCCAGAGAUUUGAGUAAAAACCUUCCUACAGUCUUAACAGAAGUAAAGAUUGCCUGUUUGUAAUUACGUAUUUUGUUUCCUUUUCAAUAGCAAUUACCGAUACAUUUAACUUACCUCUGCUAUAUUUUUGCUCCAUAAUUGAUGUACCUGUUGAAUGUACUGUUUUUAUAAGCAGCGUAAUCUAAAUCUGAGAUGCAAGAAUUCCAAGUGAUUCAAAAUAUGUUAUAUAAAUAUAUAAUUUUUUUUUUCAGUUUGGGAGGCUUUACUUGAAUUGUGUUGUUUGUUUUGAUUGGUUUCCAUAGUGUAAGGUUUUCCCGUCAUGUUGUUGUAUGAAACGCUGUACUUAACAUUUGCGUUUUUCGUGUGUAUGUCAGUGAAUGACUGGUUUUGGUUGUAAUGGUUACGAUACCCCUCCCCCAAACAUACACACAGAAAAUGAUGCUAGAAAAAGUCUUCCUAAUUCUAUUGUUCAGAUGAUGAGCAUGGAUCUGUUGCGUUCUCUCAUCCAUCUAUUGUGCUCCCACCUGUUUUUGUUUUCUUCUUUUGGAAGAUCUGGCAGCUCUUAUUGGUCUGUUUGGGUAUGGAUGGGUAGCCGGGAUCGAUUUAAAGGAACUUGAAGUUGUGAAUGAAGCUGUCUUAACACGUAUCACUUGCAUUUACCUGCUUCAUAUCCUUUUCUCUGCGAUUUUCACCCCCCUCCCUUGGGUUAAAUUUGCAUCUCUGACUGCAAAAAAUGCCUUAACAUUGUCUUUGCUUCAUCUAUCACAUAUUGUAAAUUGCACAGGAAAAACUAAAGCAAAUCUUAACUAUUGUGAAGUGUACAUUUAAAGGAUUUUAAAGGAGCAGAUGCUUGCUGUUGUAGUUUUCAAAUUACUCCACUAUAUCACUAAUGACGUGAAAACAGUUGCGCCAUAUUCACCUUCAGUUGCACCAUGUCGCUGUGUAUGGAGGACUGAAACUGCCAAAAAAAACACAAAGCUCAGUGAAAGAAGGUCUUAGUCAUGCAGUUUGCUGAGAAAUAAAACAAGGAAAUUUGAGAUGAAAUUGGUUGCAAAGACUUACGGUGCUGCAUUACAAACCUUGCGAUUGCUUUGCACCCUAAUAGAUUGCCACAGUUGCCCAUAUCUUAGAGGGAAGAUGCAAACUUGCCACCUUACUGCCGGGUUUCUUACCAACCACAACAGGUUGCAGCGGUGAGGCAACUAAAGCAAUUAAAAGGUUUUCAGUGGAGUUUGCAAUCAAUUGUACCUCCUGGUUGCCAGCAACCACUUGCCAACCAGUCAGGGAAUGCAAAUUUUUCCCUAGCGACUGGACGGUUGACAUGGCUUUGUCACAUCUAGAUGCCGCCUGAUUGGAGGGAGCUGUUUGUGCAAAAAGUUUACCUAGUAACACGCACUGUAUGACUCCUUCAGAUGUAUAUUAAAGCAAAAAAUGGCUAAAAAUAAAAUAAAAAAGUAAAUUAUGAAACAGGUGGCAAAUGAAAAAUACAAAUAAUAUAAAAGAAAAAGCAAAAAAAGAGUGAAAUUAAUUCAAAGAAUACAAAAUAACAGCAAAAUUUAAUUUAACUAAACGGCGCCUUCAUUAAUUUUAAUUUGUUUCAUCUGUGCUGUUGGCAGUUUCAAGCUACCAUACCAGUGUUUUGUGUUUUUUGCUAUAACAUGACUCCAAUAAAAGGUGCCCUUCCUCCUCUCUGUCAUCCUUUUUGUCAUGUUAGCAGCGCUUACAGGCAAAUAUUAAGCCAACUCUGUGCCUUCUGCACUGUCGAGCUGCAUCCUCCUCCCUGUACAUACAGUAGAUAGGACCAUAGGUUUUAAUGUGGCUAGGAUGUCAUUCAGACCCUUUUCCUCCCCAGUGGAACUGCUGUAAAUGAAUUCAAGUUUAAAUAAACUGUCUCUGAAGUUCAACCGCU